GAGUCAUUGCUUUGUUGGAAGUGAAGCGCGGGGGGCCAGGAGGGAGGGGACCAGGGCAGGUCCCAGUGGGAAUCCCCCCUCCCUCCAAGCCCUUUUUUUUUUUUUUUCCUCCUAUCUAUUUCCCAGAGACUCAGAGAUUAAUUAGGUCCCCAGCUUCCAAAGAGAGGGUCAGGUAUGUUUAGAGAUUGGCCAGAGAAGCAAGGCACAGAGGCUUCAAUGUGAGCGAGCAGCCUCCCCGGGCACCAGGCACGAGGGAAAGAGGAGUCUCCAGGAUCCCAGGCAGAAUGUCUCAGGAGAAUGACACAUGGAAGAAAGAGAUCCUGGCGGAAGAGCUUGCCGCCUUGAGACUGCAGAAGCUGGAACAGCAGUGGCGGCUGUUUGAGAAGAAGCAACGACGGAAGCGCCAAGAACCCCUCAUGGUUCAGGCCAAUCCUGAUGCUUCCCUGCGGCUCCGGCGACUGUGGCGGCCGGAGAAGCACCUCCGGAAUGAUAGCGGCUUUGAGAACCCUUUCCUCCAGGAGAGCGUGCCAGAGGCACAUCUGAGCUGUGGUGCCUGCAGUGUCCCUCGUGCUAUGACCUGUGGCGGAGAUGGCAGCGGCGAGCGCGGCCCCCUGGCGUCGCCAACAGAAGCAGUACUCAGGAAUCCCAGCCUCCAGCCCCUCCCCCAAUCCGGGUUCCCAGACGGUUCAGAUUCCGAGUUGGAGGAAGUCUGCAUGGAGGAUGUGUUCGUGUCUCCCACACCUGAUAAACAGCCUCCCAGAACUCGACGCAGGGGUUGGCUGGCCAGCCAAGAACCUGGGGCCAGUGUGGAGGAGAAGAGUGAAUCCCAGGAUGUUGGAGAUGAAUACAAAGUGCCCAAUGUGGGACCAAACCCUGGAAUGGAUGGUGACCUGGGACCAAACUCUGCAAUGAAUGGUGACCUGGGACCAAACUCUGCAAUGAAUGGUGACCUGGGACCAAACCCUGCAAUGGAUGGUGACCUGGGACCAAAUCCUGCAAUGGAUACUGACCUCAGAAAAAACCCUGGAAUGGAUGGUGACCUGGGAUCAAAUCCUGGAAUGGACGGUGACCUGGGACCAAACCCUGGAAUGGAUGGUGACCUGGGACCUGGAAACUUGACCUCCCACCAGGUGGAGGGAGGCACAGCUACUGAGGAUGCUGAAGACCUGGAAGAGAAGAAAGAGGAGUCGGGGUCUGCAGAGACCAGCUCCCCAGCACCAGCCGACCAGGAGUUAUCGAAGGCCCUGGAAGGCAGAGUUGGCGUGGGCACCAUGGAUGUGUGGAGCAUGUCUUGCCCGGCACCCUGCACCCUAGGCCGUCACCUGGGCGAGUCCAUGGAGGCGUACGUGUUGCGGCCGGUGCUCCCGGGCCUCACGUUGCAGUGCCUCAUCAGUCGCAAUAAGCACGGAGUGGACAAGGGCAUGUACCCCUCCUACUACCUCUUCCUGGAGGCGGCCGACGGCCGGAAGCCCUUCCUCCUGGCUGGGCGAAAGAGAAAAAGGAGCAAAACCUCGAAUUACCUCAUCUCCAUGGACCCCAUAGACCUAUCUCGGAAUGGGGACUACUUUGUGGGCAAACUCAGAUCCAAUGUCUUGGGCACCAAGUUCACCAUCUUUGACAAUGGGGUGAAUCCCAACAAGCAGAAUUGCUUCUUGCAGAGCCCCCACAUCAGACAGGAGCUGGGAGCUGUGUGUUAUGAGACCAACAUCUUGGGAUCCCGGGGCCCUCGGAAAAUGACUGUGAUCAUCCCAGCAGUGGACAGCCAGAACCAGAGAAUCAUCUGUCAGCCACAAAACGCACAGGGGUCGAUACUGAGUCGCUUCCACCAGGGGGCCAUGCAGGAGCUAAUCCUACUGAAGAGUAAAACCCCGUUGUGGAGUGAGGAGAGCGGUGCCUAUGUGCUCAAUUUUGAAGGUCGAGUCACUCGGGCCUCAGUCAAGAACUUCCAGAUUGUGCAACCGCAUAAUGCGGAGUACCUGGUGCUCCAGUUCGGCCGUGUGGCCCAAAACGCAUUCACCAUGGACUUCCGUUACCCGCUUUGCCCGCUCCAAGCCUUUGCCAUCUGUUUGUCCAGUUUAGAUGGGAAGCUGGCGUGUGAGUAAUUCAAUAAAAUACCAUCCCUUCACCGGU